UUUCGUGUGUGAUUGUGUCAAUGUGGUAAUUUCGGUCGUGUUUAGUACAUAUUGUUUGUUAUACAAUUUACGUAUUUAUAUGUCAAAUUAUUUUGUAUUUACAAUAUAAAAGAAACAUUCCAUACAUUCAAAACAUUUGCCAUUCAGUAACGGACAAAUCUACGCCAGUUAGUCUUAGAGGAGUCCAGCUGAGAGGAUCGGAAACAUGGAGGCCAUGGAUAUCCAGGCGGUGGAGUCGAAGUUGAGCGACGUGACCGUUACAGCGAUCCCUAUGAAUGAAAAAAUGGCGGUGAAGUGGACACCAAAGUGGAAGUGGUCCACUUACCUGAACGCGGACACAGUGGAAUGGUGUCCGAUAGAGCCUUACACACAUAUACUCGUGUGUUCGACGUACCAGCUGGAUACUAAGGAUGAAGCUGCAAACGGUCGUAAACAAAGACGUCUUGGAAGGAUUAAUGUGCUGUCAAUAACGGAUGACAUGAAAGAGAUAGUCCCCAUACAGACUAUAGACGCAUCCGGUGUCUUGGAUCAGAAAUGGUGUCAUCAUAAAAUUCAAGGUUACCCCGUGCUAGGACUCGUGACGUCUGAAGGAUAUUUGCAGCUCUUCCGUCUCGUUGACACCGAUCGUUUGAAGUUAGAGCUCUGGCUGGAAGGUCAGCUCGGUCGAGACGUACUUGCGCUGUCACUCGACUGGUCCACCAAUAAAAUAUUGAACGAGGAACCGCGUUUAAUAGCCAGCGAUACAUCGGGGACUUUAACCUUGACGAAGGUUGUUGGGAAUUUCAUGAGGAAGAUAGGGAAAUGGAAAUGUCACUCCUACGACGCCUGGGUCACCGCCUUCAAUUACUGGAACACGGAUCUGUUUUACUCUGGGGGUGAUGACUGUUUGUUCAUCAGCUACGAUGUGAGGACACCACUGCCCGUGCUAAUCAAUCAGAGCCAUAAUGCUGGAGUCACUGCUAUCAAGAGCAGUGUGGACGUGGAAUAUCAACUCCUCACCGGAAGUUACGACGAGAAAGUUCGUCUAUGGGACACCAGGAACCUAAAACGCUGCAUUUCAGAGUGCGAGGUUAAUGGUGGUGUUUGGAGGUUGAAGUACAACCCAAACGAAAAAAGCGUCGUCGUAGCGGCCUGCAUGUACGGCGGCUUCAGGUUACUCCGAAUCAAUAAAGACGUGAAAGUCAUGCACGAGUAUCUCGAACACGAGAGCAUCGCUUACGGAGCUGAUUGGAAGUAUGACGACAGAUCAGUUGUAGCCACGUGCUCCUUCUACGACAGUAUGAUGCACAUCGGAGAAGUCACGUUUUAAGACGACGUAUUACCCAUAUAAAUUACGUAUACUUAUUCAUAUAACAGAUAAUUCCCCGUAGAUUCAGGUUCCACGUGAACCCUAAAUAAAUGUGUCCGUUUAGAAAUCUCAAUGUUGUAUUUCAUAUAUUUUAAAACAAUGAUUUUAGUGGCGAAGUUACCGAGCGAUUUGUAAAAAGCUUUGAUUUGCUAUUAACAAUGAAAGAUAAGCUAAGACAGCAUCGUUCAAAUGAAUCUUGGACACGUCUGACCUGGCCAAGUCUUGACAAAAAUUAAAUAUUUUGCUUCCAAAAGUAGGACGAUCAGAAUGUUUCAGCCAAACUGGAUCGGUGUAUCUUCAAUGAUUGGACAUAUUUUUACGCAAAAAGAUCGCUAUAGAUAGAUAGCCAUUCGUUGUGCGUAUUAAGUCCUACAGUUAUUCAUUUCAUAGAAUUGUCUGUUCCCACAUAUAGACUUUCUGUACGUGCGUUAGCAUGCAGUACUUUCAGCUUCGCUUGUUUAACAGCUUUUAAUGUCAGCCAUAGAAAAAUUCAAGCUAAAAGUAUCAGCUAUGCUAAGGCACCGAUAUAUUGAUACGGAAAAUUAUAAAGGUAGUUGAAUUUUAAAUAAAAGCGUACCCUCCUUUUAAA